UGCUCGCGCGAUGCCAUUUGGGAGUUGUGGUUUCAAAGACCGGGUUCCCGGGCUGGCGGCGCCAGGACUCUGCGUCCCAGCAUCCCCUGCAAGAGCCCGGGAGCACUUCCGCCCUGUUGAGAAGUGGGUGUCUCUGUGGAUAGUUUCAUCAGAGAGUGUCUGGAUCAUCUCCAUUUUCCUUUGUCCAGCCCAGAACAGUAAACACCUCAUGCAGAUCAAGCAAAUGAGUAAACGCUUGGCGAAUGUGGACUGAGGACUCUCAGGUCUUGGGGAGCAGUCCCUCCCCAGGAGUCCCUUGAAGGACACAUUGCCAAUGCAGGAAGUGGCCAGAUGAGAACAGCCCUGCUGGAGUGAAGCAUCCAGGUGAGAUGAUGGCUGUGGCCUCGCCUCCGCCAGAGCCGGAAGACCUCCUGAUUGUGAAGCUGGAGGAGGACUCCUGGGGAUCAGACUCCAGACCUGAGGAGGAGAGCCACGGCCCUGUCCCUGGUCCCGAGGUUUCCCGCCGGUGUUUCAGGCAGUUCCAGUACCAGGAUGCAGCUGGACCCCAUGAGGCCUUCAGCCAGCUCUGGGCUCUCUGCUGUCGUUGGCUAAGACCUGAGCUUCGCCUCAAAGAACAGAUCCUGGAACUGUUGGUGCUGGAGCAGUUCCUGUCCAUCUUACCCAGGGAGGUGCAGACCUGGGUGCAGGCACGGCACCCUGAGAGCGGAGAGGAGGCGGUGGCCCUGGUGGAGGAUUGGCACCGAGAGGCCUGGGCUGCCGGGCAGCAGGGACUGGAGCUGUGUGCUGAAGACUCCAGGUCCUUUGAAGCAGUUCAGGAGUUCCAGAGGUUCCAGCUGCAGCCAAUGGCCCACAGCUCUGAGGGACAGCCCCGGAAACAGUGGGUGGAGAAUACACAUCCUGGCCUUUCCAAGAUGCCACUUGAGUCCUUAAAAGAGAGUGCUGUCCCCACGCCCCAAGCCCCAAUUGUUCCAAAGACAGCGAGCACUGGAGAUUGGGAGGUGGCAGCCAAGUCCCAGGAAACCCUAAGUCCUAGUAGACAAGCCAAGGAGAAGCCCUGCCAGGACCCCACAGGAGAUGAUCAUGGGGACAGCGCAUGCCUGGGACUUCCAGCUUCAGAGCCAAGUGUCACCUCCGAGCAUGAGCAAGGACCAGAGAUUUUGGGUCUGAGCCUUAUAAAUUCUGGGAAUGGGAGUGCUGCAGAUGAUAGCCUGGACAGUGAGCAAGACAAGCCAGCCCAGGCAGACUCAAGGUCCUGGGAAGAACCAUGCCAAUGGGGUGCGGAGGACAUGAAGGUGUCAGGUGUUCACUGGGGCUACGAGGAAACCAAGAUAUUCCUGGCAAUCUUAAGUGAGUCUUCUUUCUCUGAAAAGCUCCGGACUUGUCACCAGAACCGCCAGGUAUACCGGGCUAUCGCAGAGCGGCUGAGGGCACGGGGCUUCUUGCGGACUCUGGAGCAGUGUCGCUACAGGGUCAAAAACCUUCUACGGAAUUACCGGAAAGCCAAGAGCAGUCACCCACCAGGGACCUGCCCCUUCUAUGAGGAGCUGGAGGCCCUGGUGAGGGCUCGGACAGCCAUCAGAAGAAGGGCAAGUGGGCCAGGAGAGGCCGUGGCACUCCCCAGGCUGGGUGACAGCGACACUGAGAUAGAUGACCAAGACGAAGGGAGCUGGGAGCCCGAGGAGGCCACGGAAGACUGCAGUGGUUCCGGCCUGGCUGCUGAGGAGUCUCUUCAGGGGCCCGGGCUUGCAGGGGGCCCAGCUCUGCUUCAGAACCGUAUUGCAGGUGUGCACUGGGGCUUCGAAGAGACCAAGGUCUUUCUAGCAAUUCUCAGCGAGUCCCCCUUCGCUGAAAAGCUUCGCACCUGUCACCAAAACAGCCAGGUAUACCGGGCCAUCGCGGAGCGGCUGUGUGCGCUGGGUUUCCUGCGGACGCUGGAGCAAUGCCGCUACCGAUUCAAAAACCUUCUUCGAAGCUACAGGAAAGCCAAGAGCAGCCGUCCACCAGGAACCUGCCCAUUCUAUGAGGAGAUGGACUCACUGAUGAGGGCUCGGACUGGGAUCAGAGCCAUGGAGACGGUAGGAGAAGCCACAGGUCUUCCUGGAUCUGGACAUAGCGGUACUGAGGCAGAGGACCAAGAGGCCUGGGGUGAGAUGGAAGAUGAGGAUGCCAUUAGACUUAUGACUCCAGACCCCCAGACUCCAGAUGCAGGUUUUGAGAUAAAGCAUGAGGAUGAAGACCAGAUUUCAGAGCGGGAUGUUCUUGGGGAUUUGCCUGGAGCCUUAUCAGCAUAUACCACCAAAGCUGUUUGCCAGCCUCAUGACUGGGGGGAGGACCAUGAGAACGGAAAUGAAGGGGAGUGGAGGAACACUCUCCCAUGGGACGAGUGCUCCUCUGAGGAGGUCUUAGAAAAACUCAUUGAUCACCAAGGCCUGUACCUCACAGAGAGACCCUAUAGAUGUGACCCACGUGUGAAAAGCUUCAGUCGGAAAGUGCACUUCUUUGCCCCGCAGUGGACCCAUUCAAGUGAAAAGCCCUACAAAUGUCUUGACUCUGAGAAGAGUUUUAGUGACUAUGCCAACCUUAAUACCCACCAGAGAAUCCAUAUUGUGGAGAAGCCGUACAGAUGCCUGGAGUGUGGGAAGAGCUUCAAUGACCCCUCUAACCUCAUCACCCACCAGAGAAUCCAUAUUGUGGAGAAGCCAUACAGAUGCCUGGAGUGUGGGAAGAGCUUCAAUGACCCCUCUAACCUCAUCACCCACCAGAGAACCCACACAGGGGAAAAGCCCUAUAAAUGUGGGGUGUGUUGGAAAAGCUUCAACCUGAGUUCAAACCUACUGAAACAUCAACGGAUCCACUUGGGAGGAACUCCUGACCAGGGUAAUGAGCCUGGGGAGAACUUUGACCAAAGUCUAUCAUACAGUGCUUACUGGAGAAAUUCUACACAGGAAAGACCUAAAGACCCUCCGAAUAUCAGCAUGGGUGCGGACUCACCUGGAGCCUGUCACCCCAACUCAGGGGAGAAGCUGUACCCGUGCCCUGAAUGUGGAAGGUGCUUCUCUAAGAGCUCCGCCCUCAUCAGUCACCAAAGAAUCCACACAGGCGAGAAGCCAUACGAGUGUGCCGAGUGUGGGAAGAGCUUCAGUAAGAGCUCCAGCUUAGCUAACCACCAACGAACUCACACCGGUCGGAAGCAGCAUAAGUGUGCGGACUGUGGGAAGUGCUUCAGCGAGCGCUCCAAGCUCAUCACCCACCAGAGGGUCCACACGGGGGAGAAGCCCUACAAGUGCCCCGAGUGUGGAAAGUUCUUCCGAGACCGGUCCAACCUCAUCACCCACCAGAGAAUUCACACGGGAGAGAAGCCUUAUAAGUGCAGAGUGUGCGGGAAGUGCUUCAACCAGAGUUCCAGUCUCAUCAUUCACCAGAGGAUCCACACUGGGGAGAAACCCUACAAGUGCACAGAAUGUGGCAAAGACUUCAACAACAGCUCCCACUUCAGUGCCCACCGCAGAACCCACACGGGAGGGAAAGCAUUGUAGGCAAGACCUCCUCCCGACAGAAGAGCAAUAAUGUGUAUCUACCUAUACCUCCCAUGUUACUAAAACACGCUAGAAAGAAACCUCCUGAUGUUUAAGCUUGAUGUAUAUUUAGAGGUGCCAUUUUUUUUAAAAUUCAGGUAAUUUGGAGGUGAAUUUUAACUACUAAGGAUUGAAGUUUGAAGGUACUUUUCAAGUGUAAUUUGGUUUGUACAUCCCCAAUAUACACAUACAAUCCUUAGGCUGUUCUUACAUCUGCUGUCACUUGAGAGCUUAGUCAGUGAGGCAGAUGGGUGAUGUUGGGGUUAGAGUUGAAUCUGUGGCCCAACAUAUCGAUUCCAGUUCCUUCCUGUGCCUUCACUUCCCUUCCCAUGGAAAACAGUUCUUGUUCUUGGUAGUUUGCAGUUGGGACAAAUCCUCAUAGGGAAACCUUGAAACCUCACCGUGAGAGGAGGUGUAAACUGAGAACCAGUGCCUGGAGUACCCCACCUCGAGGUCAGCAGCAAGUGGGGCCACAGUGAGAUCAUUACGGAAUCAUUAGUAAUAGCAGAAAUAGCUGUUCAUUGAACAUCUGCUCUUUGGCAGCCCAUGUGUCAAGCGCCUUAUGUAUCAUCUCAUUUAAUCCUCGAAGUAGUCCCAGAGUCAACAAUGGAGGACUGGGGAAGUCAAGGGACUUGCAUUAAUCACACAUCUGAAAAUGGAGGAGACAGAAUUCAUCAAGACUCACGUAUCCCAGAGCCCGAGGGGCUGUGUGCUCUCCCGAGCCCUCUUACAUGAAGGCAGGUAGCUUAGUAGUAGGAUCUCAAAGUAUGGCUAUUAAUGAACUCUUCCUUUCACAAAUACAGACGUUGAGAGUUCUUGCAGAUGAGAGGAUUGAGACGUUCAGAACUGGCGAGGCACUCUGUGUGAGGCUGAGUUGUUACCAGAGCGAUGGGUGGGAGAGCUAGGUAGGCAGAGACUUGCAGCGAGAUAGGGCUUCGGCUCAGAAGUGGGUUGGAGAGUCCUUUCUCAGGUCAGUCCUGCUUCUCUGUACGUGUGGCUGAGCACAGGUGACCAAGUCUUUCCAAACCGGCCUUCCCUGUGCCCAGUCACACCUGCCUUUUGGUCUCUCUGGCUCAUUUUCUUCAUUUCCAAUCCCGAUGCCUGAGGUGGAAGGAGUUGACACAUUGUCCUCCACUGAGAGGGCUUGGAAAGGGUUCCGUAUUCUAGGUUCAUGGCACCAUUUUAGCUUGAGCCCUCUUGUCCCAAGCUGCCCAGUGUGGUCUCUCAGACCACCCACUCACACGACAGGCCACAGCAAGGAGGUUCAUACACAGUGCUUUUCUUGCUUGUAGCAUUUUGACCUCCAUAGUUUUUCUUAGGGUUUAAAAAAAUGUUGACUAAGGACUUUGGCUUUCAUAGAUUUCUAAAGGAAGGCGGCUUUCUUAUGUCUAUGUGUGACCUUAGAAUGCCACUUGUAUCCCAGUUUCUUCAGGGCUAUGGGAAGUAUUGAUCGGAUAAUAGCUGUGAAGAACUUUGAAGACUGGAACAUUCUAGUUGUAUAUGAGAAAGUAAGUGGAAGCUCUUGCCAUCCCCUCUAAAGGAGGUCGCUCCCUAGCCGCCUUCUUGUACCAGAACCCCCUCCCCAGGAACCAGUCCACUGGAGGCUACUUUCUAUCAACUCUCUUCAGCUUACCUUUCAUGGGUCAUCUUAUCUCUGAGGAUCAGGGAUCAUGGGUGAGUCCUGGCUAAAGAUCAGCAAGUGUCAGUUAUUGCAAUAAGAAGAUUUGUAGAAUACCCUGGGUCUGAAAGGAAGGGUCCUGAAGGAGAGAAGAACAUUCUAGGGAAAGUUUCCAAGGUAUGAAAGAGCAGGGUUCUAGGUGAAGGCAGAGGCCCAGGCUUGGAGCCUGAGGUAAGGGACUGGGAGGGUGGGAGGGUGGCAUCCCGAUUGCACUGGUGCUGGGACAAGGUCAUCCUAGGUGCAGCCACACCUUAGGUUCGUUCUUCUUUCCUUUCACAAGUUGGAAGCUUAGUUGGGUGGGCCCUUAAUGGUGCUAAUCUCUAUCAAUUCCAGCCUCACUUUCAGCUCAUGCCUUAGCUAUAAUUAAAUUGCCUAGUGCUUUUUUUCU